AUGUCUCUGUGUGCACACUGCGUUUCAGGUGUCCGCCAUGAGGGUACGCCUGAAGGUCAGAUUCAGACUAUCGGCGGUGUCGAGGUCUACGUUGCGACUCCGACAAUCGACUACCCGAAAGAUAAAGCAAUUCUCUUUCUAACUGACGUGUUUGGCCUGCCCUUGCCCAACAACAAGUUGUUGGCCGACGACUAUGCUCGCAACGGCUUCAAAGUCUAUGCUCCAGACCUCUUCGGCGAUGACGCCGUCCCCCCUGAUGCUCUCAACCCCGGUAGCAGCUUCGAUUUAAUGGGCUGGCUCGGAAAACACUCAGUGGAUAGCAAGCUGCCCAUCAUUCGCCAGCUGAUCGCUGCCCUCAAGACUCAGGGUAUCACCAAGUUUGCGGCCAUCGGAUUCUGCUACGGCGGGCGUCCGGCAUUCGAACUCGCGUUCACCAACGAGAUCGACGUCGUCGCUGUCUCCCACCCAUCCCUCCUGCAGAUCCCGCAGGAUCUUGAGAAAUACGCCGCACAGUCGAAGGCUCCACUCCUCAUCAACGCCUGCGAGUUUGACCCCCAGUUCCCUCGGGGUGCUGGACAGAAGGCUGAUGAACUUUUCGGCGGCGGCAAGUUCGCUCCCGGAUAUGAGCACACAUACUGGGAAGGCUGCACUCACGGCUUUGCUGUCCGCGGCGACCUCAGCGAUCCGAAGGUCAAAGCCGGCAGGGAGGGCGCGUUUAAGGCGACUGUGGAGUUCCUUAUGAAAUACCUAUGA